CAGGCUCUGAGGUGCUGCUGUGGUGGCGGCCGCGGGGCAGAGCGGGCGGGCUGAGGGGAGGAGGGCGGCGACGGGCGAGCGGCUAGCGGCGCGGGACGCAGAGCCUUUGCACUUUUUCCACCCGAGUGUCCCCUCCAUUUCCCGGCCCCCCCCACACUCCACACACCCUGUCUGCCCGUGAGCCUGGGGAACUUGCAGCUUAAAGCCAGCCACCCCCACGGCAGCAUGUACCCCAGCAACAAGAAGAAAAAGGUGUGGAGAGAGGAGAAAGAACGUUUGCUGAAGAUGACCUUAGAGGAGAGACGCAAAGAAUACAUAAGGGACUAUGUUCCUCUGAGCACCAUCGUGUCAUGGAAGGAGGAGAUGAGGAGCAAGGGCCAAAAUGAUGAAGAAAAUACUCAGGAAACACCGCAAAUGAAGAAAAGUUUGAGUGAAAAGGUUUCUCUCUACAGGGGUGACAUCACACUGCUAGAGGUGGACGCAAUAGUCAAUGCGGCAAAUGCCAGUCUUCUUGGAGGAGGAGGUGUGGAUGGCUGCAUCCAUAGAGCGGCUGGUCCCUGUUUGUUAGCUGAGUGUCGGACCCUGAAUGGCUGUGAGACUGGACACGCAAAAAUCACAUGCGGCUAUGACCUCCCUGCAAAGUAUGUCAUCCAUACUGUAGGGCCAAUAGCCAGAGGCCACAUUAACGGUUCCCACAAGGAAGACCUUGCAAAUUGCUAUCAAUCAUCCUUGAAGCUGGUGAAAGAAAAUAAUCUCCGAUCAGUUGCAUUUCCCUGCAUCUCAACAGGCAUCUAUGGUUUUCCAAAUGAGCCUGCUGCAGUCAUUGCCCUAGACACAAUUAAGGAAUGGCUGGCCAAGAAUCACCAGGAGGUGGACCGAAUCAUCUUCUGUGUCUUCCUAGAAGUUGACUUCAAGAUCUACAAGAAGAAGAUGAGCGAGUUCUUCCCUGUUGAUGAUAACAAUGAGGGAGCAGCUGAUGUUGACAUGAAAGAAGAUGCAGAAGGGCUUGAGCCUAAAGGCCUUUCCCCACCUCACAAGAAGAGCAAAGCAAAGAAACCAGAAAGUUCAAAGGACUCCAGUGAAGAUGAGAGCGGUCCGGAGGAAAAGCCAACUGCGGGAGAAACGGAAGGGCAGAGCCAAGAAGCAGGUGGGCUCAGGUUUCUUUUGAGGAGUCUCCUAGGCCUCAUCCACAGAGAUGGUGUCAACACAGCCCCUGUACCCAGUUCUGCUUCUGAAGACACAGUCGAAGUCCGUCAGGAUGAAGAUUCUGCAAAGGAUGACAAUGCUACAAAAGACAGCGAUGUGGCCAGUCAUGCUGUGUGCGAGCAAGAACUUCCCAAGGGACAAGAGAAUGAGUCAACAAAGAGCGAAGUAAAAACUGAGACAGAGUCCCCAAGCUCAUCUAUGGAGACAGAAGAGCUUCCAUCAAACCAAGAAGAUGCCACAAUUGUGGAGCAACCAGAAGUGAUUCCCCUGACUGAUGAUGACCAAGAAGAGCAGGAAGGUGGAGAAGCUCAAGGCGAGGAUGCAUCAUCUGUGUUUGCAAAAAGCCAAGGUUCCAGCGACACAGAAACCACUACAGGUCCUGAUGUUGAAAUGAACAGCCAGGAUGACAGUGUAAAUGAGCCAACAGAGUGUCAGCAAGAAGAUUUCCAAUAG